UCGUAGCCAGCUUUUUCAACCUGCACAUACACUUAUAUUAAUUUCGAAUAAAAAUGCGUGCCAAUAAGCAACAGCCGGUAUAUGAUUGCAUCCAUGAGGACGCCAAGCUCCUCGCGUUGGAGGGCAUGCCCCGAGAGUUGGACACCUUCUGGCGUACCGAUUCGCAGCUGCCACGUUCCCAGUUGAGCGGACACAGGAUGUACCGUUUGAGCUCGUUAAACAAGUCGUCGGCGUUUUCGCAUCGGGAGCGACAACUGCUGAGCAUACACGGAUUUAUGCCAGCCGCCGUGUUCACUGUGAAGCAGCAACUGGAGGCUUGCACGCAACAUUUUGCCACGUUGACCUCGAAUUAUCAGAAGUAUAUAUUUUUAACGGAAUUGGAGGCAUUUAAUCGCAAGCUGUUUUUUAAUCUAUUGAUAAGCGAUCCAGAAACCUUUAUGUCGGUGUUCAAGAGCUCGGAGUUUUAUUUUUCGGUUAAGAAUUUUGGCAUCCUCCACACAAAUACCCGGGGCAUGUAUGUUACCAUCAAGGAUCGUGGCCACAUCUACGAAGUGCUGCGCAAUUGGCCGCGACGCUACGAUGUGCGCUAUUUGGUUGUGACUAAUGGCGAUUCCGUCUUGAGUAUGGGCGACUAUGGGGUUAAUGCAGCUCCCGUCGUAUUUUUCAAAUUGUACCAAAACGUUGCUUACGGCGGCGUUAAUCCUGAUAGCUGCCUGCCCGUAAUGUUAGACGUUGGUACUAACAACGAGGAACUGCUGCGGGAUCCACUGUAUUUGGGCUUGCCCCAACGUCGCGUCACGGGAGCUGAGUACGAGGCCUUCUUCGAGGAGUUCACUGUGGCCGUCUUGCGGCUCUUUGGACCACGUGCAAUCAUCCAAACGAAGAACUUUGGCGCGUUAGACUCCAUCAAACAGCUGGAGCGCUAUCGUAAGCGGCAAUGCUUCAUGGAUGUCAGUCUUCAGGUCCUGGGCGCCUGCGGGCUGGCCGGCCUGCUGGCCGCCAACAAAAUUAGUGAGCGCACGUUUAAGGCAAACAAGCUGAUCUUCUAUGGCAGCGGAACCUUUAACAUAGGCAUGGCGCGCAAGUGUCUGGCCUAUCUAAAGUAUUUGCGCAUGGAUGAGAGUGCAGCGAGGGAGCGCAUUUGGUUCUGUGACGCUCAUGGGCUGAUAGUCCACGGUCGCUGCGAUCACAAGGUGCCCACGGAACUGUUGGAAUUCAAGCACAGGCACGAGAAAGUCGGCAGUCUACUCGAAGCAAUUAAUUUGCUCAAGCCUAAUGUGCUGGUGGGCUGCAGCUCAGAGCCCAAUGUCUUUACCAAAGAUAUCAUCAAGGCAAUGGAGCAGAGCGCAGAGCAACCCAUCAUAUACGCCAUGUCCACCCCACUGGAGCUGGCGGAAUGCUGUGCCAAUGACGCCUUUGUGUACACCAAGGGCCGCUGCAUAUUUAUUUCGGCCGCACAGCUGCCGUCCUUGAAGUAUGCCAAUAAAGUGUAUCAGCCCGGCUACUGCAAUGUCCAGUAUAUGCUCGCCGGGCUCACGCUGGGCGUCAUGCUGUCGGGCAUGACGAGCGUGCCGGAUGAGACAUUCCUGGUGGCCGCUGAUCGGCUGGCCAACUUGGUGUGGCCCAACGACAUGGCCAAGCGCGAUGUUUUUCCGCCCAUGCGCAAACUGAAAUGCAUAAAUAAUCAAAUAACCUACGCAGUGUUCGCCUAUGCCUAUCGCCGCCGCUUGGCCACCCUCUGGCCGGAGCCAACCAAUCCCAAGCACUACAUUGAGAGUAUGUUGUACAAUCCCGAGUACGUUAAGGUCUGUCAGCCGAUAUACUGCAUUACGGAUCAGCAAAUUGGCACCACGGAAUCAAUUCAGUAUUACAAACAGAAGAUAUAGCGCACAACUUUCAUAUUAAUCAAUUUAAUUAUAAUUCAGAAUAAUUAUU